UCUAGUCUACCCGUCUCUCCUCUCCACAUCCUGCCCCGACCCCACCUCCGCUGGCGGGGGGAGAGACGCUUAGAGAUCGGCGCCCUGGGCUUCUUUAUGCUGUAAUAACGCAGAGAACAUGGACGGCACACCGGCUAGCCUGCUCAUCUGUCUGUGCCUGGUCAUACCGCUAUGUGCCGCGGAACAACCGGACAAACCGGACAAACCGAAGCAUAGACAUCUACGACAGAGAGAUGCCGAAUUUGUCGAUAAAUACAGCACGUGUGUGCAGGGCCCGGCUGGUGUCCAGGGCCGUGAUGGUAACCCAGGCGUUAAUGGCAUACCAGGAACCCCAGGGAUACCGGGCCGGGACGGGGCCAGGGGGGAGAAGGGGGAGUGCAUCAGCGAAAGGUUUGAAGACCCCUGGAGGCCCAACUUCAAACAGUGCGCCUGGAACUCCCUCAACUACGGCAUCGACCUGGGCAAGAUCGCUGACUGCACCUUCACCAAGCGGCGUACCGACAGCGCCCUGCGAGUCCUCUUCACCGGCUCGCUGCGUCUGAAGUGUAAGACGGCGUGCUGCCAGCGCUGGUACUUCACCUUCAACGGGGCAGAGUGCACCGCGCCCCUGCCCAUAGAGUCCAUCAUCUACCUGGACCAGGGCAGCCCCGAGCUCAACUCCACCAUCAACAUACACAGGACUUCCUCAGUGGAGGGGCUGUGUGAGGGCGUGCACGCGGGGCUUGUGGACGUGGGGAUCUGGGUCGGCACGUGUGCAGACUAUCCCCGUGGCGACGCUUCCACAGGAUGGAACUCCGUGUCGCGUGUCAUCAUCGAGGAGCUCCCCAAAUGAGACGGCGUCUACUUGGUCCCCCCCCUCGCUCCCCCCCUUCCCUCCCCCCCGUCCUCCCCCCCCCCCGUCCUCUUCCUCCCAGACACACACCAUCUCUGGCUGUCUCUAUGCGACUGGGCCUUUUUUUUAUAUGAUCAACUUACCAAGCCCUGUCUCUGAAAGAAAUAAAAACUUUUUUAUAGAAACGUUA